UAGUAACCAACCUGACGUGCAGGAAGACACUGCCAAAGCAGCAAAGCGAGUUACGGCCGCGAAGAAACCAAACGUGUGAAAAGAACGAAAUUACAACGAACAAAGCGGAAGUGGUGCAUAGUUUUCAAAAUCGUUAAAGAAAAUUAGCAGAAAUGGCGAAAUUGGUGGCAAUUUUCUUGCACCUGCUGUUUUUCAUGGYUUGUACUUGGCAAUUUGGCUCCGCCACUGUGCAACCGCGCGCUCCGAAUUUCCAAUACUUUGAGCGUCCCAAAUAUCGCUAUCCUUACUAUGACGAGAACGGACGAGGCAAACUACUCUAUGGCUAUGGCGGUCCGGAUUUAUACCAAUACAAAACUUACACACCUCUGGAAGGCAUACAUUAGUCAAUGUCGCUGUCAACCGUCGAUAGACUUAGACAAACACCCGUAGAUAUUUAGUUCUUAACAAUAAUAUUAAUUUAUUUUAAUGACAAAAGU